GGAAUCCCUCCGCGGUGUACCCGGAGCGGCUGCCUUCGCUGGGGAAGCGACGGUGUCUUCGAGGAAACCGGAAGACCGUGGUGACCCCUGGCGACCCGGGUUGUUCUCGGUCCGUUUCCGAACACACGGGAAUCGAAACUCGGCGGCCCUGCGCGGCCUGUCUUCGGGCUGUCAUGGAUACACUGGUAGAAGAUGAUAUCUGCAUUCUAAAUCACGAGAAAGCCCAUAGGAGAGACACAGGGACUCCAGUCUCAAUAUAUUCAGAUGAGUCUGUUGCUUCCCAUUUUGCCCUUGUUACCGCGUAUGAAGACAUCAAAACACGGCUCAAGGAUUCAGAGAAAGAGAACUCUUUCCUCAAGAAGAGAGUGAGAUUUUUGGAAGAAAAGCUUACAGGAGCUCUGUUAGAUGAAGAAACAAGUUCUGUGGGACGGGAACAAGUAAAUAAGGCCUAUCACGCAUACCGAGAGGUUUGCAUUGAUAGAGACAAUUUAAAGAGCAAACUGGAUAAAAUGAACAAAGACAACUCUGAAUCUUUGAAAGUAUUGAAUGAACAACUGCAGUCUAAAGAAGUAGAACUCCUCCAGCUAAGGACAGAGGUGGAAACUCAGCAGGUGAUAAGGAAUUUAAAUCCACCUUCAUCAGGCUGGGAGGUGGAAAAGUUGAACUGUGACCUGAAGAUCCAUGGCUUGGAACAAGAACUAGAACUGAUGAAGAAAGAAUGUAACAGUCUCAAAAUAGAGCUACGAAAAGCCAAACAGACGGCUCCAUCUCAGGAAGACAAUCUGCAGAGCAGAGAUCUCCAAAGACUAAGCAUUUCAAGUGAUGAUAUACAAAAUGCAUACUGGGAGCUAAAGAGAGAAAUGUCUAAUUUGCAUCUGGUGACUCAAGUACAAGCUGAAUUACUAAGAAAAUUGAAAACCCCAGCUGCAAUCAAGAAAGCCUGCACCCCUGUCGGAUACAUGGAAGACCUUGGAAAAGACAGCACAAACCUGCACUUGGCGAAUUUCACUGCAACAUACAAAAGACACCCUUCUCUUUCACCAAAUGGCAAAGCUCUCUGUCAUACCACAUCUUCCCCUCUACCAGGAGAUGUAAAGAUUUUAUCAGAGAAAGCAAUUCUCCAAUCAUGGACAAAUAACGAGAGACCAAUUCCUCAUGACUGUACAAACUUUCAGGAACCCAACUCUUAUGGCAGAAAUUCUCUGGAAGAUAAUUCUUGGGUAUUCCCAAGCCCUCCUAAAUCAAGUGACACAGCAUUUGGGGAAACUAAAAAUAAAACUUUGCCUUUAGCCAACCUGCCACCACAGCAUUGCUUGGAUCAACAUAAUCAAAACUGCCUUUAUAAGAAUUAAUUCUGAAGAGACUCAUGAUUUGGUCAUGAGGUUGCUGUACCUCCCGCAAUGGUUCUCUUGAGAAAUUAUUUAAUAAACUGAAAGCAGGUUUUGAUUAAACCUUUGCGGAGUUCUUCAAUGUACACAUUUGCACAUACUGUACCAUAUUAUGUAGUUGAUUUUCCAGUACGAAAGAGCAACCCUCCAGCUUCAUAUUCUGGCUAAGAAUAAGAUAUAUGCUACUAAUAAAUUAAUAAACUUGUGUUUCAAAAAGACAAUUCUAUCUUUGAUAGUGACUGUAAAUUUCUGCCUCUCACAUAAAGAAUGGAAUUGGAAGUUUUUAGACGUGAUUUUACAAAGCAUGUGAAAUGCAUAAAGAGCUUUUCAUUAAAAAUAAAGGAGGCCGUUCAUAUAAGA